CCAUAACAACAUAUCAUUGGUAUAAACAAGUCUCAGUAUUACGAUUUUGUGCUACGUGUGAAAAGUGCUUGUAAUUUCUUUGAUAUUAAUUAAUUAUCAUUUGCAAAUGGAAAACGCUGACAUUAUUGAAAAUCAGGAUCAUCCGAAAAAGAACAAGACAGAAAGAUCAAAUGAUUUUUCAGAAAACCUGAAGAACCUGGAAGUGGAAAUAUUAGGUGCCGAAAACAGUGAAGUGUCUGAACCUGUAUAUCGAAUUCGUCCGCAUCUUUAUGAUAAGUUUAAGCCUUUAAGCGCAAAAGAAGUGAUACACAAUGUAUUGUUUGAUCAGCUCUCUACAAAAACAUACAAUGCUCAGGAUGCCGUCCAAUGGACCAAAGAUAUAGCAGACAUGAUUAAAGAAAAAAUUAAAGAAUUAAAAUUUAAGCGUUACAAAUAUAUCAUAAAUGUAGUCUUGGGGGAACAACACGGCGCUGGUAUAAAAAUGGGAACAAGAUGUAUUUGGGAUGCAGAGGCAGAUGCAUAUGCUUUCGACAGUUUUAUAAAUCAUAAAAAAAGAUUCCUGAGUUUCUCGUAGAUGCCUUAAGGAGAUAUUUUAAAGGAAGAAAUCGUGUCCCGUUUGUGGCGGUGUGAGAACGGACGAGCAAAUUACACGUACGGUCGAUUUAUUUUCGUUGAACGUUAGAUCGGAGGCCGCAGGAGCUGCGAUUAUCUUAGUCUCAAGUAUAGGCGUGAUAUCACUCUCUAACGUUUCUAGCCAAGGGAUCGCAUUAAGCGCAUGUCGAUGUACUUAUGUACACACUUAUGUAUAUAUAUAUAUAUAUAUAUAUAUAUAUAUAUAUAUAUACGUGUGUAUAUGCAUGUGUAUACGUAAGUACUCUGGUAUAGAGAUUUUGUCGACACGUAGCUCGAGGGCAAACGCACCGAGCAACGUAAUCUUCCGUGUCUAUUAUUCAGGACGUAAAAUCGUAAAGUGACGCGUUUCGAACUGGUAAUCGUUGAUUAAAAGGUUUGAAAGAGCAACCACGCGAAGAAAUGACGAACGAUUCUCACAUUAGGUGCUGGAAGCGAAGAGAAAAGAUGCGAUCACUUGCGACCAAACUUAACUCUCUAUAACAGCUUAUCUCAACUUAUGGGUCUUAAAUUUUUAAUCGAUCAUAAAAUAAUAAUUGCUAUCUUAUAGCAAAGCAAGAGAAGUGAUUAAUUUCUAAGUGACUUCCAGAAAAUUUUCCAUAAAAUGUUCUUUGGGAAUUCGUGAAAAUACUGCAUCUUUUAAAGUGACUCUAAUCUACUAGAUUCUUAAAAAUUGUAUGUAUAUUGUAAAUAUUUGGAUAACGGUACCAUUAGAGAUUAAUAAUGUAUUGGGCCCCACUGUAAAAAGGUUGAGAAACGUUGCUCUAUAAUGUCUAUGCAAUUUUAAAGUUACACAUUCAUAUAUUUGUAUUUUUUUAAAUCUUAUUUUUUUUUCUGACACAAAAUUAAAUAUUUCUUAAUAUUCGAAGGUUAAUAUUUGUUAAAUGUAAGUUAUACUUUUACUUAUUUACACUACUAUACGUUAUAUUAUUAGUUUUACAUUAUAUAAUCUAAUUUUUUAGAUACAAAAAUUAAUUUUGGAUAAUUAGAUCAUUCGUUUAUUAUGAGCUUAAGUUCAGUUCUAUUUUUAUUACAAUAAAAUAAUUAAAUUUUUGACAAUGAUGUUCAUUUCUGAAAUGAAUAUUUCUGAAUUGAAUGAAAAUUUGUUGAUAAUCAUUUUUUUAAUUUUCGUUUAAGUACGCAUUACUUCGUUUAAAUGUAAUAUAUGAAUUUAAUAAUAUUCGAUGCUCUUGUAGUUUCUUUUUUCGCUUUAACUUAUAUUAAUAUCUCUAGAGUUUCAUGGAGACGAGGAAAUAGUGGAUACCAGUAUGUUAAUUUGUAGUUACCAUACGCGUUUCUUUCUGUUUUCUUUCUUUCGUUUUUUUGUCGUCGUUAGAUGAUACAUUUGAUUUCAUUCUAACGAAACGUUUAAGUUUAAAAUGAAUGAUCAUUGUGCAAGUUUUGAGAAGGUCAAAAAUUUUUUUUUAAUAUUGCAUAAUCUAUCUUACUAAUAUGAUUAAUAUCGUUAUCAAUCAUAAAAUAUUAAU